AUGGUCUUCGCAAACGUAGCCGGCCCGCAACGGGCUCUCGCUCGCUCACUCUCCCGCAACAUCGCCCAGGCCGUCGCACGACCCACGGCUCGCUUCUCUGCCCGCCCCGCCGCCCCGCCCUCGCCAUGGGCAGGCCCAGCAUCCUGGACAGCAGUGGCAAGAGGACCGAUCGCGGCGAGACCCUUCCACUCCAGCCCAGCUCGACUCGAAAAGCGCAUCCCGGAGCUCGACGAGGAGGCGGCGGCGGCGACGCAGGGCGAAUCCGCACCCCAGAUCCCCGUCACCGGCGAGCGGACGCCAAUCGGCCAGAUUCAGCAGCGCCUCUCCAUCACCUUCACCUGCAGCGUCGACGACUGCGGCCACCGCUCCACGCACGAGUUUGCCAAGCGAUCGUACACCCAUGGUAUCGUGAUUGUCCAGUGCCCGGGAUGCAAAAACAGGCAUCUCAUCGCCGACAAUCUUUCCUGGUUCACCGAAACCGCCGACGAGCCGAAAACAGUCGAGGAGAUGGUCAGGGCCAAGGGCGGAAAGGUCAAGUGGGGGGAUACAAUCGAGAUCGAGUAG